GACGCGCCACAUUAUGGGGAGUAUUGUAUCAAGCGUUCAAACAACCUUUAUUUUGAAGAGAGACUGCGAGUUUAACUUGUCUGUAAUGUUUUGAACGUUGAAGGAGUUGCAAACUACGUCGCCAGGGGUCGUUCAGCAUGUCGGUACAUGUCCGAUGCAUAGAAGGUGCAGCGGUCGAGGCCCGGAGCGUUUCCACCCCACAGAAAGCGUAGAGCGGCACCACCACGACCACCGAGGCCCGAUGGAGGCCCGCGGCCCGCGGACGGACGGCCGUCCACAGCUGCUGGCCCGGAUCAUAGAGCACGUAUGGACUCACAGGAUGCUCGACUUACAGGAAGUUCUGGAUCCGGCCUAUUGGCCUGACACGGACUCACAGCCCACCAGCCUGACAGACUCCCUGAGGCUGCGUGUGGCCUCUGCGCAGGUGUUCUCCAUUGUGAAGAACAGGGACGUGGAACACUUUGACAGAGUGAUGAGGUUUGUGGAGGCCACUUACAGGCUUCUACCAGGACUAGUGACUCCCCUCAAACACAUGAAGAUCAUCUUUGGCCUCAAGACUAUGGUCAUCAUGUGGAUGCUGCGGACAGGCAGAGGAACCCUUGACACCGUGUGUAAAAUCAUCACCUAUUUCCCAAGUAAACUACCUCAGUACCAAGAUCAGUGUAACCAGCUUGACAUGUUCCUCAUGAGAAAAAAUCAUCUGGACUUUAAGACACUGGCACAAUCUCUCGCUGUGGACAAGGAAAAACGUAACGAUUAUAUGAAGAAACACAUGGACGAGCAGUACGGUGAACACUACGCCCAGAAGUUAGAGGACCGGCUCCUGCAGUAUCUACACAAGCUGGAGGCCGUGUUAAAAGGAGACACUUACGUUGACAAAAUACUGAGGAAAUCAAGUCCUGCCACUGAAGAGGACAAGCAGCUGUUGGAAUUAGUUACCUGUGACUCCAUCGCCAUAGCAACAACCUUAAAGAAACUGCUGCACUGUGACUUUCCUUUCUGUCGCAUUUCUCAACCAUCUGGAAACGGAGGGGCUGAGAUGGAAAGCUCUCAGCCGUCAAGCUGUCUGUACUCCCUAAAGGUUGGUCUCAAGCCACGGCGAGGGGAGGCUGCCCACGACGUGGCCACAGACAGCACAGGCGUUAGUGGACACCACCAAGGGGUCUCCGCUGGUGAUGGAGUCAGGAAGGUGGAAGAAAACAGCAGGAACAAGGGCUCCGAGGAGCUCUGUGAGAGGAGGGGGGAGCCGGCCGCCUCGCCCCACUUCUGCUCCAGACACCAGAGAUGGGUGAGCAGCAUCCUGCACCAGUGUCCUGACGAGUGCUCAGAGGAGCUGCUGCUCCAGGCCAACCUCUCCUGGUCGCCACCGCUUUUCCAUUCCUCCUCGUCCUCCUCUUCGUCACAGGACCUCACGCCGUCCAACCUCAUCUCGAGUCCCCCUGACCGGCCGCCGCCGUCGCAGUCAGAGCAGCGCGGCGCGGGGUCAGGGUCAGCAGGCAGCACCUCCCAGAAGGCACCUGUUCCUCAGCCUUCGCCCAAAGACGUGGCUCCGCUGCUUAGCGGGAGCACUCGGCCAUCUUCAGAUCAUUUAAUGGUGCCUAGUGACGAAAACACUCCAACCUGCUCUCAUCCCCAUGUUUCACCUGACAAAGACUCUUUGAUCAACCCACCAGAGAGUGUCCACCUCCCCAACCUGACGUCCAGACAACCUUUGUCCAGACUUUCUAGAAAAUAUAGACAAUCUUGCACCAACACGAGACAUUUAGAGGCUCCGAGGGGGUUUAUUCCAAACCCUGUCCCUCAGAACUCCACCUCACCUCAUCCUGAGACGCACAGCAGCAGAUCUGCUCCUGUACAGAUGCGACCUCACUCCUGUGGCACCAACACUGAUCAUCUGAGCCUCAGGUGUGACAGCAAGGUCUCCACCGCGGCCACGACGUGGUCACUGCCCAGUCAGGCCGAGCUGCUGCCGUCCACGUGGCUCCAGUCCUACGUGGCCGUGACAAGGCUGAGCUCCAGCUGCUGUUACAGGUCUACGGAGGGCAGAUGCUACGCUCCCUGCGAUCCAGGCGGGAGGGCGGAGGAGGAUGAUGACUCCGAGUCCUCCUUUGAUCCAAACACACUCUACUCCAGUCAGUCUUCAAGCAGUGACAGCGACGUGGCCGAUGACGACCCUGAAUACAAACCUCGUAUUAAGAAGAAGAGGCGCCUCCUGAAAUGUGCAUGAAACACUGAAGGAUUGAGACUUUUACUAAUAUUUUAAUAAUGUUACUUAGAAGGAAAAAUAAUGGACUUUUCAGCCAACAUGUUAUGUAUGACUCUCACUGAUCACAGUAGGUAAGGUGGUUUGUAUGGUGCUGAGGUUGAUCCUGAGUAUUUAUUUUUUAUGUUUAUCACUCAGUCAUUACUACUCCAAGCAGUGGCCUCCGAUUGGGACACUUCAUCCUUAGACCUCCCAGAAAGUAAGCGUGAUCUGAGACAUGAUGGGCUCUCUUAAGCCUUUGAUGCAGCUCAGCAGCCGGUCAUGUACUGUAGGUGUAAGACGGCGCAUCCUCUCAUUGACACAGGCCCAGCUCUCUGCAUGGUGGCAUAUUUGUAUUUACCCUGUGCAGGGAAUAGUUGGUAGGACUAGGAUGGAAGCAACCUGAAGGGAACAGAAAGCACACAUGGAAGUGUUUUUCAUUGUCUGGGAGCAAGAACCUCUGGUUUCAGCUAUAAUGACAACCAAACGUUUCUCUCUGAACACGUGUUAAGCUUUAACAUAAAAAUAAUGUUUGUCUGGUUUGAUGCAUUUUCCUUUUGCUGCGAUCAUUUCUCGAUUCAGCUUCCUUCUCGUGUAGCCUCCAGCUGUUCAUCAUCUGCUGUUACAUCAUGAUCAACGUGAGGUUAGACAUGAAAUGCUCUGUAUAAGGUAGUUUGAGGGGAGUAAUGUUUAGCCUGUUUCGGAGUUUUGGCUGCUAAAAGUUGAUUUUGGUUGGUCUUGUUUACACACUGAUGCCACGGAGGCUCUUGGCAAAGCAUCACAGCUGGUGACAUAACAAAGUCCAAUGUGCAGAGUGUGGGCUAAAUGUGUUUGUGUUGAUUUAUAAUGUACGUGCCCAUUAAAACCACAAUCAGCUUCAUA